GGCUGGCUUUAAUCUUUAAGCCCCUCCAACUUCAACUGCAUUUGCAACCCGUGAAUGCUCUGAAGGACCAAUAACAAAGUCUUGUUCUUUUGCUCAAGUUUGUUUUUGCCUGUGAGAGUUCGAAGUGGCUGAAGUGAGGUUCCUUUUUACUGGGUACAUUUUCUGUAUUACAAAGCGAUCAUGAGCGCCGCGGUUCAUCAGCAUGUUGAAGAGCACUUCGAUAUCCAUGAGGAUUUGAGGACGGAGGAUACGGAGAUGAUGGCAGAGGAGGAGCGCACUGAAGAGGCAGCUCCGAUAGAUGAAGACGAACGCGUUGAGUCAGUACAGCAGGCGAAUCAACAACAUCACAUUCAGAAAAUGCAAAACCAACAACCCCAACAAGAGCCCCAGGAGGAAGAGGAAGAAGAGGAGGAGGAGUCCGAAGACGAAGCCGUUGACCGAACCGUCCAAGCAGACAUGGACAAGUUACAGAAUGACUUUCCUGGUUUUCGCAAUCGGUAUCGGCUGAUCAAACGCAUCGGUGAAGGAACAUUCUCUACCGUCUACAAAGCCGAGGAUAUUAUGUACGACCACUACGACAACAGCUGGGACUACGAAGACGAUUCGUCAAAAUGGACACCACCGCCCAAUGCAACUGACAGUCCUGUGUCUCACCGUCCCCGUCGCAAGGCACGUUACGUCGCCAUCAAGAAGAUCUACGUCACGUCAAGUCCCUCGCGAAUUCUCAACGAGCUUGAACUACUCCACGAUCUACGCCAAUGCCCCUCUGUCUGUCCUCUGAUCACCGCAUUCCGCGAAACCGACCAGGUCGUGGCUAUCCUGCCUUACUUUCGACACGGAGACUUCCGCACGUACUUUCGCGACUUGACUAUUACAGAGAUCUCUGUUUACCUUCGAGAACUCUUCACCGCCCUGAAAAGUGUUCAUGAUCACAAGAUUCUGCACCGAGACAUCAAGCCCACCAAUUUUCUGUACGACCCAGGUACACAGCGCGGUGUCUUAGUCGAUUUUGGUCUUGCCGAGAGGGAAGGGUCUGAUGCGAAGCCUUGUCUAUGUCACGAGUCCCGAGAAGUCCGAAAGCAUCGCCAAACAAACUCAGUCUGGGCACAGAAUGCUGCGACUCCCCAAGCAGGAUAUCCCAAGUCUGACACACGAUCAUCCCGACGUGCCAAUCGCGCUGGAACAAGAGGUUUCCGUGCUCCUGAGGUUCUCUUCAAGUGCACUGAGCAAACUACAUCGAUCGACAUCUGGUCUGCCGGCGUUAUCUUACUUACCAUUCUAUCUAAGCGCUUCCCAUUCUUCAAUUCGGCUGACGACGUUGAGGCCAUGAUUGAGAUAGCGACUAUCUUUGGUACUAAACGCAUGAAGGCUGCAGGCUUACUACAUGGGUGUGUCUUCGAGACCAGCAUCCCCACCGUUGGUCAAGGAGGCUUCUCAAUGGAGAAGAUCAUCAUGUGGAGCACAUGCAGAGGCGAUGAAAAGCCUCUGACAGGAGAGGAAAAGUUGGCCAUCAACUUUCUCGAAUGGUGUAUGGAGCUGGAUCCUGGCAGGAGAAUAACAGCUGCGGAAGCAUUGAACCACGAUUUUCUUCUCUUGGGUGAAAUUGAGGCUGAGAGGCAAGAGAACGAGCAAGCAAUGGCGGGGCAUUGAAAGAAUUAUGUAUCACUAAUGUAAUCAUAGAAGCAUGGAAAGGCGUUGGUUUGAGUACGGUGUUAUGGAAGUGGUUGGCUAGAUAUCUGGUACAUAGCCCAACAUACCCAGUGUUACAAAAGUUUCACGGGAAUAGAUACAAGGACAUCAAUAGCACGAUCACAAUGUAUUAAAAAAGGUUUCGUCA